AUGACUAGUUUCCCCUGUGUUCACCAUAUUGAAAUCGGAGCUGUCAACGGGCCACAAGUAGUCGAGACCUUGACAUCUCAGUUCACCUUUAGAGUUAAGGCCAGACGGCAAACGGAACUAGCCGAUCAAUGGCUGCUUUUAAAGGAGAAUUCCAGAAUUCUAGUCACAAGUCUAAAAACACCAGAUCUUAUGUUAAUCAAGAAUGACAACUUUGUUAUAAAUUGGGCAACUUCCUCCGACCAGCCAAGCAACACCCCAACUCUACCCGUAAAAGACUCUGUGUUUAAUGUGGCAUUUGAAGUUAGGAACAUCGACUUCUGCAUAAAACGACUGAAUCAACAAGCUAUCACGUUUACCAAGCCUCUUCAUACAAUUCACGACAGUGAUGGAUUCAUAAGAACAUGCACAGUCAAGAGCUGCGUUGGAGACAUCCAUCACACUUUGAUUGAAAGAAACGGCUAUUCUGGCGUCUUCCUUCCGGGGUUUACAUCUGUAUCUGAUAAUGAGAGCAGAAAUAAAUCUGAGACUGACCCCAUGCUAGAGUAUUUCGACCAUGUUGCUCUGGCUGUGGACAUGGGAACAUCAAUGGCUGUCAUUGGCUGGUAUGAGAAAUGUUUUGGCAUGAAGAGGUUUUUGAUCAACAGUGAAGAGGAUAAAGACAAGGGGCUGGUACUCUCAACAAAUGAUGUAGGACUUCGUCUGAGAGCAAUGGAAUAUUGGAAGUGUUCAGAAGUGGGUCUGCUAGCACCCGAGGAAGAAGGUGCUGAAAACAGACUGUCUUUGGUUGUGGCUGAGGGUUUGUCACCAGUGCCUGGAUGUCAGGAGGAAAAUCAAAUUACAUCGUGGCUGAGACAACAUGGUGGUCCUGGCAUCCAACAUUUAGCAUUCACAAGCAGUGACAUCAAACAAGCUGUCAGGAAUCUGGCCAAGCUAGGAGUGCCUUUUGCCAAACCACCUCCACCAGCAUACUACACAAAAGAAGGCAGACUUGAUGACAUUAAAGGUGUUGGAGAGAAUGUUGAUGACCUCAGAACAAAUGGAAUCCUCAUUGACACUGAAGCAGAAAGGUUACAUGAAAGUGAUUGUGACAAAUCAAUACAAAUGACCUACCUGCUUCAGAUAUUCACCAAGCCGUUGUUGCCUAGUGACCCAUUUUUCCUAGAGAUCAUACAGAGGAAAGGUGCUACAGGGUUUGGUUCAGGCAACAUUGCAGCUCUGUAUCGUUCGAUUCAGGCAUACAUUGUUGGUGAGAACAAUUCAAAGCAGAACAUGUAA